AUGCCCAACAGCAGCUCUGUGAGUGAGUUCCUCCUGCUGGCAUUCGCAGACACACGGGAGCUGCAGCUCCUGCACUUUGCGCUCUUCCUGGGCAUCUACCUGGCUGCUCUCCUGGGCAACGGCCUCAUCCUCACCGCAAUAGCCUGCAACCACCGCCUCCACACCCCCAUGUACUUCUUCCUCCUCAACCUCGCCCUCCUCGACCUGGGAUCCAUCUCCACCAUUGUACCCAAAGCCAUGGCCAAUGCCCUCUGGGACAAUAGAGACAUCUCCUAUCAAGGGUGUGUUGCCCAGGUCUUUCUGUUUUUAUUCUUCAUCUCAGCACAGUAUUCAAUUUUAACCAUCAUGGCCUAUGACCGCUACGUUGCCAUCUGCAAGCCCCUGCACUAUGGAAGCCUCCUGGGCAGCAGAGCUUGUGCCCAGAUGGCAGCAGCUGCCUGGGGCAGCGGCUUUCUCAAUGCUGUCCUGCACACAGCCAAUACAUUUUCCCUGCCCCUCUGCCAAGGCAAUGCAGUGAACCAGUUCUUCUGUGAAAUCCCCCAGAUCCUCAAGCUCUCUUGCUCAGAUGCCUACCUCAGGGAAAUUGGAGUACUCGUCUUUACUCUUUCUUUAGUAUGUGGUUGUUUUGUUUUCAUUGUGUUGUCGUAUGUGCAGAUCUUCAGGGCGGUGCUGAGGAUGCCCUCUGAGCAGGGCCGGCACAAAGCCUUUUCCACGUGCCUCCCUCACCUGGCCGUUGUCUUUUUGACUGUUAGCACUGGCUUGUUUGCCUACCUGAAGCCCCCUUCCAUCACCUCGCUAUUCAUGGACCAUGUGGUGACAUUUCUAUACUCAGUGGUUCCUCCAGCAGUGAACCCCCUCAUCUACAGCAUGAGGAACAAGGAGCUGAAGGAUGCGGUUAGGAAGCAUAUAUACUUGUUUCUUCACUUGCUUUUUAAGCAUCAAUAG